AUGUGGUUUAAUCAUUUCCAUAAUCCUACUAUACCAUCAUUAGAACAAAGAUUAAAACCAGAUUAUAAACCUCCAAGAAUACCUAAUUUUAUUGAAGUUUGUUCAUUUUUUGGUCUUAUGAUUUGGUUUGUACCUUUUGCUUUAUUUGUAAGUUUGAGUGCUCAUGAUAAUUUAUUACCUCAUCAUAAUGAUUUACAAUCAGCAGAUAAUGAUGGUAAGAAGAAAAACAAUGGGUUAGCUAAAGUCGUUGUUGCUAAUUUAAGAGAAUAUGUAUAUACUAUAAGUAGGAAAUUAGGUUAUGAAUUAGAUCCUCAUCAUGGAUCAAUUAUAUAUUAA